GGGCCGGACGCAGCGCGCAGUCGGCACGGGGCGCGGCCGGGAGCCGGAGCGUGCAGGGCGGGCCGCUGCUGGAAGGAGCGCUUGAGCUGGGAGAGGAGGCCGAGCUGGAGGGCUGCUUUCCCCGGCCCUGCGACGGGGUCGCCGCCGCGGAGGCGAAGGAAACCGGGACAGCGGGGCUGCCCGGGCGCUGCGCGCAUGCUGGGCCUGGGACGCCGCCGGGGCUCGCGCCCUGGGCUGCUCGGCCGCCGCUGCCCCGGGCGCCCGGCAUGUCGGUGCACUACACCCUGAAUCUGCGCGUCUUCUGGCCCCUGGUGACUGGCCUGUGCACCGCCCUCGUGUGCCUCUACCAUGUCCUGCGGGGAAGCGGGGGCGCCCGGACCGAGCCCCCCGAAGGCGCGGACGGCGGCUUCCCGCUGCUCAAGGUGGCCGUCCUGCUGCUCCUCGGCUACAUCCUCCUGCGCUGUCGCCACGCUGUCCGGCAGCGCUUCCUGCCGGGGUCUCCCCGCCUGGGGGGCCACUCCGCCUUCUCUCCUAGACACUUGCGAGAGCCCAGCCUCGACAUCUUGCUGGAGAGUUACUACGAGCACGAGGUGCGCCUGUCGCCGCACGUGCUGGGCCACAGCAAAGCACACGUGAGCCGGAUCGUGGGCGAGCUGGUGCGGGCUGGCCGCGCCCGAGGGUCCCCAGGCCCCAUCCCCGGGGGAGCGCUGGCCUUGGCCUUCCGCGGAGAUUUCAUCCAGGUAGGCAGCGCCUACGAGCAGCAUAAAAUCCGCCGGCCUGACGGCUUCGACGUGCUGGUGCCGCUGCGCCUCCCUCCCCUGGUGGCGCUGGAGCCGCGGAGCCUGGGCACGGAGCCCGCGCUGGCCCCAGCUUUCCACGGCUGCUUCGUGUGCGCACUGAAGGCGCCGCCAGGGGCUUCCGGGGGUCACUGGCUCCGGGACUGCAAAGCCUUCGCCGACGGCUUCUGCGUGGAUGUUCGCGGGCGGCGCCAUCUCUCGGCUACGCUGGUACUGCGCUGGUUUCAGUCGCACCUGCAGCGCUCCCUGGCCACCGUGCGCUACAGCCUGGAGGGGCGUUGUCGGGUCAGCCUGACCCCAGGCGGCCUGGAGCAGCCCCCCACCCUACACGUCCUGCCCUGCCGCACCGAUUACGGCUGCUGCCGCCUUUCCAUGGCCGUGCGUCUCAUCCCUGCCGUCCACUUGGGCGACAGCGUCUUCCUGGUGGCCCCACCACCGCCACCCUCACCCGUCGGGCCUCUGUCGGAGCUCCCGGGAGGCCUGCGUGCCGAUGCACUGUGGGGUGUGAACACGGCGCGCCAGGAGCAGAAGCUGCUGAGCUGGCUGCAGGAAAGGGCCCCUCCAGGUGCCUGCUACCUCAAGUGCCUGCAGUUGCUUAAAGCUCUGCGAGACCUGGGCGCCCGCGGGCUGGACCCGACGGCCGCCACCCAGUGGGGACGCAUCCUAUCCUCAUACGUGCUCAAGACAGUGCUGCUGGCGGCGCUGCUACGCCAGGGGGCUCCCGCACAAGGCUGGGACGAGGCGCACCUGGGCGAACGCUUGGAAGAGCUAGUACAGUUCCUCAGGGAUUGCCUGCUGCGACGCCGUACACUCUUCCACUGCCUCCUGGGCCCUGGAGGGGCGGCCGCCGAGGUGGGCCCACUGCCCAAGGUACUGCGUGAAGCCACCCCGGUUGACCUCCUGGCCACUUUCGACAGGCAGGCCCGGGAACUCGCGGCGGCGCGGUUGCUGUCCACGUGGCGAAGGCUGCCCCAGCUUCUCCGGGCCUAUGGGGGUCCCCGCUACCUUGCCAGGUGUCCCCCACCCCGGAAUCAGCGCCCCCAGGGGUUCCCUGAAGAUGAACCGUAAACCCUGCCAGAGCCCCGACCUGGCCUGGUGCUCCUGAAGCCUCACCCACCAGGUGGGGGUGGGGAUGGCAGUGAAGCCAGUUUAAGGCAAGGAAGAUGACCAGAAGGUGCUGGAACAGUCAGAGGAUGACAUUUGGUGGCUUCAACAUCACCCCCUGGCCCCACAAUCCGGAUAGCUUUGGCAUCUUUUUCAUGCCCACCAGAGUGUCCUGGGCAAGCUACGGAAGGACGUUCAAUCACAUGAUUUGGUGGAGAUGAAGCAAGUAUAAGCUGGGAGAGGACGAAGAUGUAUGUGAUCAUCCGUACAGAGAGAACAGACUAAAACAUGCAGCUAAAUUAUAUGUAAUCUGGUUUUUGAAGUAUCAGAUAUUCAGGAAUAUUUUUAGCACCCUUUGCUUAAAAAGAAAAAAAAAAGCCUUGAUUCAGUCACUUGACUUUAAAACAUUCCUCUUAUUUUACUGUUAUUUUUAGUGUGGAUUUUGACCCCAAACUGUGUAUUUUGAUGCAGUGUAUCGGCUGUGGUCAUAGUGUAUGUUUUGUUCCAAUAACAGACCAAAGAGGUAAUCAAAUAUGGUUCAGCUGCUACAGUUGUGUGAUUAAAAGGUGUUCUAAUCACACCAGAUUUCCAUGGCCCAAAUAGUCAAGGCUGGCCAUUUGUUUUCUAUUUCAGGUUGGAGUAAAUUUGCACUUUUAAUCAUAUGGGUCAUUUGGGGACCUUGUUCUUUCAUACUUUGCUUUAUUAAUAAAGGAACUUGUA